CCCCACGAUGCCCGACCCGCCCCCCUCGCGCAUACAGUCCCUCGCAAACGCGCUCCGCAUCCCGUCGUGGUUCACUCCUUCGCUCACAGACCGCAGGCAGUGGAAAAACUUUGCACGAUGUAUCCUCGCAACCUUUGCUACUCUCGUCUUGAUGGUAUGCCAGAACUCCCUCGAUAAGCUCGGCUCCGCUGCCUUUUUCGCCCCGCUCGUCUCGCAAAUGUUACCGCCUUAUAUGGCCCUCAGUAUCUACAUCUUUGCAUUGCUAACGCUCGUCGUCGGUCUUUGCUUCGGAUGGGCAUGGGGUGUCGCAGCCAUGGCUGCGGCCCUCAGGGCAAGGAGCCAGUCGCUGUACCAGUCACAGUUACAGACAGAGAGUUCUGGUUACGACUCAUCAGUCAGUACAGCACUGCAAUUCCAAGCCUCCAUCUUUCGUGCAGCUUUUCUCGAUCCCCGUUCGUCAGCCGUUUACGGUGUCUUCUUGUUUUUCGGGGCGUAUGGCCUUGGCUUUCUGCGGGCGACAAAUCCGAAACUAACGCUCGGUUGUAUCUUUGGAACUAUCAUCAUCGACUUGAUGUGCACAAUCGGUCCUUUAUUUCCCGUCGCUCAAUAUACCCUUGCUAAACAACUCCUCAUCCCCGCGGCAUGCUACAUCGCCAUCGCCCUGGCCUCCAUCAUCUUCAUCUUCCCCCAAACACUCAACCACAUCGUCCUCGACUCUCUCGACAAAACCAUACUCACCCCCGCCAUCUCCCUCCUCACCCUUCUUGAACAAGUCCUUGAGACUUCGCCUUCUGAUACGGAAGCAUGGGGUAAAGUGGCGGAAAAGGGGUAUGAGACGAGGGAGCAGCUUGUGGGUGCUGUGGCAGCGUUGGAAGGUCAAACGGGAAUGCUGCAACUAGAAAUUACGAGGGGACAGAUUGGCCCAAAGGAUUUGGAAAAGAUGUUUGCAAAGCUCAAGGUUUUGUGCGGUACCCUUUAUGGCGUGACGAGCUUUGCCAUCAUCGUGGACGAACAAAACUUGAAUCAAAGAGACAUGCAAGAAAACGCCAUGCCUCACCCCACUGUAGGCGCCCAAAAACACUGGGAACGUCUGGAAAAACACAACCACCCUUCCCGAUCACUCGACGCCCUUGUGCCCAUCCUCAACGAAUCUUCCGCCGACCUCCGUCAAGCGUCUGUGAAAGCACUCAAAGACAUCAGUCAAUGGCUCACGCUCGUCAACCAUACCCGAUGGAAAAAAGUGCCGGCCGACGCCCCGCCCAUAUCACAGAGAGAAGAAAACCUGGAAAACGUCAAGCGGGCAUUGAAAGAGUUUAGAGCAUCUAAACAAUUUGCGGUGUUGGAACCUUAUCGACAGUUCUUUGAUCCUAUCACUGGAGAGAUCAAGCCAGAAGCUCUCGAAUCAUACCGAUACGUAACGAGGGACCUCUUCCGCGCUUACGUCCUCACAUCCAACCUCACCAACUUUGCCCUCUCCCUCAUCUCCUUCCUCUCUCUCACCUUGGAAAUCGAAAGAGCCAACCCAAAGGCAAAGAUCCAGCUGCCAAACAAGUUUGCGAAAAUGCUGAUCAAGAAUGCGAAUGAUAAGAAUGGGGGAGGGAAUCCUUUGGAUAUGGGGUUGAAGGAUACGGAUGGGAUUGAUGAAGCUUCGGGAAGGACGAGUGAGGCGACGGAGGAUGAUGUGGAUGAUGAUGAUAAUGACGAUGCGAGUGAGACAAGUUUGGCCGUGAAGAAGAAGGAAAAGAAGGAGAAGAAGAAGAGGGUGUAUGCCAAAGACCCCGAUGCAGGUGAUCCCCGAAACGCUCUUCAACGCCUUGGCCGACACAUCUACUCGCUCUGGAAGGGCCUUACAGGCCAUUCGGGUAUAUUCGCACUCAAAUAUGCUCUGGUGUCUGUUGCAUUGUUCGUCCCUGCAGUCUGUGAGAACUCUGCCCAGUUUUUCUAUGAGAACAGAGGAUUAUGGGCUUUGAUCAUGGCACAGACCGGGAUGGGUGUGUUUACAGGUGAACAAAUCACGUCUUUCUUCGUUCGAAUGGGCGGAACGGCGGCAGGUUUAGUGAUAGGUAUGCUCGCAUGGUACAUCGGUUCAGGCAACGGUAACGGGAACCCAUACGGUAUAACCGCUGCUACACUCGUUCUUAUUGCACCAUGCUUGUUCAUCCGAAUCGCAGUACCGAUGGAUAAAGCCGUCUUUUUCCUCAUGACCAAUGUCACCAUCAUGUUUGUGGUGGGAUACUCUUGGGUGGAUGACCAUAUUGUGCAGACUGCGAACCAAGGACACGGUGCAGGUCUCGCAGGUCGACGCGCGCUUCUAGUCAUCAUCGGUUUCACAGCCGCAUUCAUCAUGAUGAUCUUCCCCCGACCCAACUCUGCCCGAGCCCUCUUCCGCCGCCGUCUCGCCAAGAACAUGUCGGAUAUCGGCGAUCUCUACGGGAAAGUGGUGACGAAUAUAGAGAACGAAGUGGAUGCUGCCGAAUGGGGGAAAGAGGGGACUAGCACGCACAAACAUAUUAAAGGAGAGGUGGAGGGCGAUGAUGUGGAGAAGAGGAGGGCGCAGUAUAGGGGGGUUUUCUUAAAGGUCAUGGGAAGGAUGAUGGGUAUGAAGCCCCAUUUAUACUAUGCUUCCGCCGAACUCGGUCUCAAAGGACCAUGGCCUAAAAAGAAAUACGCAAGGUUAUACCGCACCCAAGGGCAGGUGCUCGCUACACUGGCCCUGUUAGCUGGGGCAUACUCCCGUAUGUCCCUUCUCACUUGUAAGCGGCUCGCCACAAAAAGCGACCUCAUGCAUCCCGCUUUCAUUGCCGACUGCCUCUUGCUCUUCUCCACACUCCAACAAUCGCUCCGAAACGGCCAACCUUUACCGGCCAUGUUACCCAUCUUUGAACGUCUCUCGAUACAUUCAAAACAUGGGAAUCUCAGUCGAUUCGCCCAAGCCGCCAGCCAACAAGUUGAUCGAGCAGAGGAGGGGAGUGAAAGGGGGGUUGGGGGGGAGGAGAAGAGGUCGUUGUUGCGAGAGCAGAGGGGCGGUGAUAACAUGAUGGGUGGUGGUGAGAAGAUGGAGAAUGGAGAAAGGGAGGAUGGGGAUGUCCAGGAAGAUAAAGAUGAGAUGCCGAGGGAUGCAGAUGGGAAUGUGGAUCAAACAGAGUUGGUAAGAAGGAAUGCCGAAAAAGUGAUGAAGGGUAUGAUAAACUGGGACAGCUGGCACGAUGAACAAUUCGCAUUGUUUGCAACUGCCAACACCGCCUUGGUGCACAUUGUGAUCGGGCUCAACGAUAUGUACAGAGUCGUGAGGGAUUUGGUCGGGGAAAAGGAUUUGCAUGGGUUGGAUCGUGCGUCAGAGAGGUGGGCGACGGGAGCGUACGACGUUUAGCAGAGGAGUCUCGAUUUAAUGUGUCGGUAUCAUAGUCGGUCGAAUCAAGUCGGAUCAUAUAUUAGCAUCAUUUGUAACACUUGGUAUUUCUGCCUCUAGACUAUUGACCAGCUUUGGAAAAUCCGUUUGGUAGGCCAAUUAUCUAUCGUGCAUCACAACUUCUAACCGCC